AUUCAUGCAUUGGAUUCUAAAUUUCUGAUACUCGCCAAAUAUUCCAUUUUUCAGUUUUCAGUUUUCAGAUUAAAACUGCAGUAAAAGAAAUUGGGCGUUUUCAGUUUUUUUUCUGUUUAUUUAAAUUUCAGUUUAUGAAUCCAAACCAAACCUCACACAAUACAUUGAUAAGAGAUGAAGAUGGAAGCUUCAGUUUCAGCAGUGGAGAAAAUAAUCGGUUACAGUUUUCAAAACAAGAAGCUUCUUGAACAAGCCCUAACCCAUUCUUCUUACCCCGAUUCUGUUUCUUACGAGCGUCUUGAGUUUCUUGGCGACGCCGUUUUAGGUCUCGCUACCAGCAACCACCUCUUCCUCGCUUACUCCUCCGUCGAUCCUGGUACACUCUCCCUUCUCCGUGCCGCUAAUGUUAGCACCGAGAAACUCGCUCGCGCUGCCGUUCGUAAUGGUCUACACCGUUAUGUACGUCAUAACACGGUUUCUAUUGUUGAUAUGAUUAACGAGUUUGUUGAUGCGGUUGAUUGUGAGGAUGAUUGUGUUGUUGUUAAGUAUGGUGGAUUGGUGAAAGCUCCCAAGAUUCUUGCCGAUAUUGUGGAAUCUAUUGCUGCUGCUGUUUAUGUUGAUCUUGAUUUUGAUCUUAAAAGAUUAUGGGUGGUAAUAAGAGGUCUUUUGGAGCCGAUAGUGACACUUGAUGAUUUGGAACAUAAACCGCAACCUGUGACGAUGCUUUUUGAGAUCUGCCAAAAAAAUGGGAAAAAAGUUGACAUACAACAGCAGAGGAAUGGUGCCAAAAGCACUGCAAGUGUCUAUGUUGAUGGGGAGUUGAUUGCAUCCGCGUCCUCAGAUCAAAAGGAUAUUGCUAGGCUUGAAGCUGCCAAGGCUGCCUUGCAUAAACUAGAAUGCUUACUGCCUGCCACUACCAUGAUGCCUGACUGUUGUGUCGACAUUGAUGGUACUUUUGAAGUUGAAGCUGGCAAGCAAAAAUUAUACGCAAUUUGUGGCAUGAAAAAGUGGCCCAAACCAGUAUACAGCAUUGAGAAAGAUGAAGGUACUCCUCAAGACAAGAAAUAUGUCAGUGCUGUUCGGAUAGCUACUCCAGCUGCCACACUUCAAAUGUCUGGAGAUGAGAAAUCUCGGGUGAAGGAUGCAGAGAACUCUGCCGCUUCCUUGAUGAUUCGGGCCUUACAACAUCACAAGUAUGUGUGACAAUUGUUGUAAUUAUUUAUAUAUUGUCUAGUAUGCCCAUGAGACUAUGGUCUCCUGAAAUACAACGCGGAUUCCAAGUAAGCGCAAGAAGACCCUUAGACCUCCAAAUUUAAGGGCCUUGUUUUUAUUAAAUUAAAACAAAAUUUGUAAAAUGGACACAAAGUUUUCACUUGAUGAGUGGAAGAAGAAUAAUGUUAAAUAAUUAGGGAAGGUUUUCUGUUCCACCCUUGUGGGUGUAAUAUUGUUUAUCUUGAUUGUUAUAAAAAAAUAUUGAAAGGGAAUUUCUUAAUGGAUUAUAUAUGUUACUUACAUAUUAUAUAAAAAUACUAAAAUAUUCUU